CUCCAUCGGCUCCCCGGCGCCUCCGAGCCCGAAGUUGCACGAGCCUGAUCGGUUCCCUUGCCAGCAUUGUUAAAUGCGAGACUGUGUUUCCCCCAAACCCGAUGGACUAAGUGGGACUGGGAGAGCGACAGCCGCGAACGACAGUAAUCGACCACGAACGAUGCACCGUAUUACCAGGACGGCGACGCGGUCUCUGUGGAAGAAUAGUACCCGGUUCGUGAAUACCUUCCUGGCUGUGAUUGGCCAGAGACGACGGAUAACAUCCCUGUUGCGGCAAUUGUGGGAUUUUGAACGUCCGUUUCCCGCGGGCAUUGAGGUCCUCUACAAUCCGCCGAACGCUGUCGUCGACAUCAUCUUUGUCCACGGCUUGACCGGCGAUCGGAUCAAGACGUGGACCGCUCAUGGGGCGUCUGAGCCAUGGCCCAAAACGCUCCUUCCAGAAAAGAUUCCGAACGCACGCAUUCUCACGGUAGGCUAUGACGCAAAUGUCGUGGGGUUGUUUGGCGCUGUGUCGCAAAAUUCGAUUGGCAACCAUGCAGAGAACCUUCUCAGUCACGUUGCGUCCAAAAUAGACGGAAAGGUAAAAGCCCGUGUCACGUUUCACACGUCCCCAGCAUCGGUCACUGCGCUGACGCUGACAUUGGUAGAACAAUCGGCCGGUCUUCUUCGUUUGCCACAGCUUGGGUGGUCUGGUCUGUCAAGAGGCUCUGAACCAGUCAGCCAGGAAUCCGCAUUCACACCUCCGAGAUGUCCUUCGAUUGACCCAAGGCAUCGCUUUCCUCGGGACACCGCAUUCCGGGGCAAGUCUUGCUACGCUUGCGACGCUUUCGGCCUCGCCCCUUGGGAUUUUCAAGUUGGCAAACGUCAGGAUUCUGGACUCCCUCAAAGGGGAUUCCGAAGUGCUAGUGGAGAUUAGGAGAGAGUUUCACAAUAUUUUGCGUUUGAGAAACGAGCAACAGAAUGGCAAAGCACCACGCAUCGAGGUGACUUGCUUCCACGAGGAACUACCU